GGUGAGCAGCAGCAGAGCAGGUGGACAAGUGUUCUUAGUGUUCAGGUUGCUGAAGUUUCUCCAACCCUUAACCUCUUUAGUGUGUGGUACGACGAUGCGUCGGAAACGAACGUUUCACUUUGAAACAGGACUCGAUUACUCGUUUUGCUUUUUGUAAUAUUCUUACUGAAAUAAAUUUUCGAUUGAACGUUUAUCGUUUUCUAUUUCUUUGUGUUUUUUAUCAAAAGUGGUGAUUUCAAAAUCGAUAUUUUUCGACGCAUCAGCUGAUGUUUCCGAUCUGACAUUUUGAGGAAGGCGUAGAACAAUUAUUUUUGAACGUGAUUCGAAAGGUGUUCGUUUAGGUACGGAUAAUUUCGGAAAACACGAGCAAACGUUGUUUUGUAAUCGAUUUUCGAGUAGAGUAUAGUAACGAGGUAAAAGUAUUCGCCUUUGAAAUAAUGGAGAGAUACACUGUCACCGGACGUAUCGGCGAAGGUGCACACGGCGUAGUGUUGAAAGCAACGAAUAAUGACACUGGCCAGGAAGUAGCUCUCAAGAAGGUUUUGCUCAAAAGAAUCGAGGAUGGGAUACCAACGUCGAUUGUAAGAGAAGUUAAAACGUUGCAGGAGCUCAAACAUCCGUAUAUAAUAGAGCUGCUCGAUGCCUUUCCAUUCGGACUCGAUUUUGUCAUGGUAUUCGAAUACAUGCCCUCCGGACUUUGGGAAACGCUCAAAGACAAUGACAAUCCAUUGACAGUGCCGCAAACAAAAUGUUACAUGAAAAUGCUGUUGGAAGGAGUUGCUUAUAUGCACAAAAAACACAUAAUGCACAGGGACUUGAAGCCAGCGAAUUUGCUGAUAAAUAGCCAAGGUCUACUGAAAAUAGCAGACUUCGGUUUAGCGAGAUUGAUGUGGCAAGAUUCGUCGAAGGCUUAUUCCCAUCAAGUGGCGACGCGGUGGUAUCGAGCCCCGGAACUACUGUACGGGGCAAGAUUUUACAGCGACUCCAUUGACAUGUGGUCAGUCGGUUGUAUAUUCGGUGAAAUGUUGAAUAAUUCUCCACUUUUUCCUGGUGAAACCGACAUUGAGCAGUUAGCGAUCGUACUGAGACAUCUGGGGACUCCGACUGCCGAAACUUGGCCCGAACUCAGCUCUCUGCCGGAUUACAACAAAAUAACGUUUCCCUAUCACAAAGGAAUUCCUUGGGAACACGCAAUCCCUGACGCGACUCCCGACGUCCUCGAUCUCGUGAAAAAUAUUCUUCUCUACAAUUCCGUCAAACGUUUGACAGCUCAGGAGGCACUCCUUCACGUGUAUUUUUAUUCUCAACCGUUUCCCUGCUCGCCUCAACAAUUGCCGAGACCAUCGCAAGGCCACAGAAACCGGAUAAGACUGAAGGAAAUCGAUGCCGCAAUAACGGCCAAAUCAACAGUACUUUUUAAAAACUUGUUAAGCGUUGUAUGAAAAUAAAACAAUAAUAUAUGUAAAAAUA